AUGAUCACACAUUCCCCGCUCACAGCUCAUCUCACACUCACUUACACAAUGGCUCACCUCCUGAACAACACCGCCAUCUUCUCACCAUCCGUCGCCCGCGCAGCCGCCUCCGCAGCCAAAGACUGGUCAUACAUCGACACCUGGCUCGCCCGCAAAUUCCCCUCCAACCACCCCCCUCCACCAUUCGAGCGCAAUGCCGACACUCUCAAAGCCCUCUUGGCCCUCGCUGCUGCCAACGAAGCCGCAGACGAGGAGCGUGCUUUGCUUCUCCGUUUCGAGUCCGAGACCCUCGCCCAACUCCAAAAACACCAACCCAAAGACGACCUCCUCACCACAAGCCGUGAAUCCAUUCUCACGUCUCUCGAGGACUCACUCACCCGUGAAGGCUCAACAGCCCUAACCUCCCUCGCCCAACUCUCCCUCCAACUCAACUCCUCCUCCUCCCCCAACCCAGUCUCUUUAGCAUCAGAGCUCUUGUCCCUCCAAUCUCAACUGGCAGAGCUAGAACAAACCCUCGCCAGAAUCGACGUCUUGACUUCGUACAUCUCCUCCGAGUCAGAGGCGCUCUCAAAGUUAUCAUCCGAAAUCGACGCCCGCCCUCGACCAUCGUCGUCACAUUCGGAAGAAGAAAACAAUAAUAAACUUGACGACAACAGUAACACAACCACCAAGAAAAGCGAGGGCUACCACCCCCAUCCCUCGCUCGCAAAGUCAAACCUGGCUGCUCAGCGCCGGAUCAAGACCCUUGCGGCCCGUGUUCAGGAACUGUCUGCGCAUGCAUCCCCCAAUCCAUCCGCUGAUAGAGAUCAGAGUGUAAGCAUUCAGGAGAUUCACGUCCAAGAGCAGGCGUAUCUGGGGUUGUUGCAGCAGAAGAAGGAAUUAGAUGCCCAGCUGGCUGUGUUUGCUGGAUUGCCACAUGAUAUUGACGCUGCGAGGGAAGAGUUGGAGAAUCUGAGGAUUGAGUUGACGAGGGUGACGGAGAGGAGGGAUAGUGUGUUUGAAGGGUUGGUGGAAAGAGAGACGCCAAAGAAGGGGAGGAGCGGAACAAUUGGGAGGAGGUGA